AGAAAAGAAUAAACAAAUUCAAAUUAAAGAUGACAUUAUAAAAGAAAAUGAACAACAAAUAUCCGAUAAAGAUAAAGAACUUGAAGAAAAGGAUCAACAACUAAAUAAAAACAUUGAAAUUAUCAAAGAUAAAGAUCAAGAAAUUAGAGAUAAGGACCAAUUACUUGAAGAAAAAGAAAAAGAAAUUAAUUGCAUAAAAUCAAAUUUAGAAAGUGAUAAUCAACAAAUAUUACUUGAAAAAGAUAAACAAAUUAGUGACAAAGAAAAAACUAUCAAAGAUAAAGAUCAACAAUUAAUUGAAAAGAAUCAAAAACUCCAAGAUAUAGAAAACUCAAUUAUUGAAAAAGAUAAACAAAUAAAUGAAAAAGAUCAACAACUUCAAGUUAAACAAGACUCAAUCAGUGAAAAGGAUAAAGAGUUAAAUGAAAAGAGUCAACAAUUGGAUGAAAAAGAUAGAGAGUUAAAUGAAAAGAAUAGUUUGUUAGUUGAAAAAGAUAGAGAAUUACAUCAAAAGGAUAAUGAAAUACAAAAUAUUAAAUCAAAUUUAACAAGUGGCAACCAACAACAAUUGGAUGAAAAGGAUAAUCAAAUCAAAGAAAGAGACCAAAGAAUUCAAGAUAAGGAAAAUGAUAUUCAAGAAAAGAAUAAACAAAUCAGUGAAAAGGAAAAUAAUAUUCAAGAAAAACAAAAAUCAAUUGAGGAUAAAGAACAAAAAAUUAAAGAAUUGCUUGAAAAGAUUCAAGAUAAAGACCAACAACUUGAACAACAAUCAAAGAGUGACAUAAGUAAAAAUGAUCAAAUUAAGCAACACCAACAACUACUUGAUGAUAAUAAUCAAAAACACCAGCAAUUACUCGAUGAAAAACAAAAAGAAAUAGAAUGCCAGUUAUCUAACGUCAAAGAAAAAGAGCAGUUAAUUGAAGAUAAAGAUAAAAUUAUUAAUGAAAAGCAACAAAACCUUGAUAAUAAGAUUCAACUAAUUAAAGAAAGAGAUGAUUUGUUAAAAGAAAAAGAAAAGGAAUUAGAAAUCAUCAAAGAAAAAUUAGAUCAAAUAAAUAGCGAAGAUAGCAUUGGUAAACUUAAUCGUGUUAUUGAGGAGCGUCAUUCUCUUAGAUUACAAAUAGAAGAAAAGGAUAAUAUCAUCAAAACUAUUCAAGAUAAACAAGAAAAGUCUCUAUCAUCUAUAGAAUCAUUAAAGAUUGAAUCUAAAGGUUACCAAGAUAAACUUUCUCAAUUAGAACAAUCAAAUAGUACUCUCAAAUUAGAUUUGGAUGCCAAUAAUAAAUCAAUUGACAAUAAAGACAAUGAAAUCAAAGAAAAGAACAAGUUAAUUGAUAAGCUAAAUAAAGAUUUAUUAGAUGCCGCAUCAUCUUCAACACCAUCCUCAGAAUCCACUCCUCAGAAUCCAAACCAAGAAGAGCUUGAUACAAAAGUUCAAGAUGCUAUUAGAAAGAACCAUUCUACAAUCAAAAAGAAUAAUAUUAAAGUUUAUAAAUUGGAUGGUGGUGAUUAUAUUAUUAAUUCAAUUGUUUAUAAAAUGGAUUUAGAUAAAGAUGGUAUUUUAUUGGCAGAAUCAAUUGAAGAUGGAGAAGUUUGUCCAAUUGAUAAAUGUUUCGACAAACCAAAUCAACAAGGUAAAUCUAAAAAAGAUUCAUUCCCAUAUUUAUUACUUUUGGGUGGUAUCAUUAUCUUAUCCUCAGUCCUUUACAACUCUUACCCAAAGAAUUUAUUUUAUGAAAAACCAACUUAAAGAUAUGAUUUUUUUUAGUAAUAAUUAGUUUAAAUAAACAUUUUGCUUUUUUAAAUUUAAAUAUAUAAAUUUUAUUUUGUUUUACUAU